CGGCAGCGGGGCCGGGCCGGGGUGGCGGCGGGGCCGCUUCGCUUCGCUCCGCUCGGGCCGGUGCUCCUGGGCCCCGCAGAAUCCCGAGGCGCGGCCCGAGGGACCCGGGGAGGGCGCGGGGCAGGGGCUCGGCCGAGCCGGCUCGCUCGGGGCCCGCGGGAUCACCGGCCCCAGCCGGCCCCAGGUCCCGCCCCAGGCCCGGCCCCGCUGCGGGGCGGUCCCGGUAAUCCCGGGCCAUCUGGCGCUGUAAUCGGCUGAAUCUGGGGUUAGCUCCCGCGGAGCCUGCGGCGUCCGGCAGGAAAACCGGGAGCCGGGCUGUGUCCGUGGGCAGGAGAGCCGGGAGCCGGGCUGUGUCCGUGGGCAGGUGAACCGGGAGCCGGGCUGUGUCCGUGGGCAGGUCUUGGUAGAAGCUUGUCUCUGAAAGACUGGAAAGGAAUACAGAGCAUAAUGACCACUGCAGAUGAUAAACUGCUUGGCGAGAAGCUGCAGUAUUAUUACAGCAGCAGCGAGGGUGAGGAUGAAGACAGUGAGAAGGAGGAUAAAGAAGGGGAGAGCAGCAUUCCAGAAAGUGUGGGCGAGGUGGAGCUCAGCAGCGAUGGCAGCGCUGUCAACACAGGUCCCAAGGGAGUGAUCAAUGACUGGCGCAGGUUUAAGCAGCUGGAGACAGAGCAGCGGCAGGAGCAGCGCAGGGAGAUGGAGAGGCUCAUCAAGAAGCUCUCCAUGACCUGCAGGUCUCACCUGGAUGAUGAGGCUGAGCAGCAGAAGCAGAAAGAGCUGCAGGAAAAAAUCAAUGGGAAGAUGACUUUACAGGAAUACAACAUGAUCCACAAUGAUGAGGACGAUGAGGAGUUCUUGCAGCGCUACAGGAAGCAGCGGAUGGAGGAGAUGAGGCAGCAGUUGUACAGUGGGCAGCAAUUCAAGCAGGUGUUUGAGAUCACCAGUGGGGAAGCAUUUCUGGACACCGUGGACAAAGAGCAUAAGAGCACACUGAUCAUGAUCCAUAUUUACGAAGACGAUAUCCCUGGCACUGAAUCCCUGAAUGGCUGCAUGAUCUGCCUGGCUGCUGAGUACCCAACAGUGAAAUUCUGCAGAGUGAAGAGUUCACUCAUUGGUGCCAGCACUCGCUUCACUAACAAUGCCCUGCCAGCCCUGCUGGUCUACAAGGCAGGGGAGCUCAUUGGCAACUUCGUGCGCAUCACCGACCAGCUGGGAGAAGAUUUUUUUGCUGUAGACCUGGAGGCUUUUCUGCAGGAGUGUGGCUUGCUGCCAGAAAAAGACCUACUGCUUCUGACUUCUAUACAUAAUCCAUCUGCAUGUUACAGUGAAGACAGUGAUCUGGAAAUAGACUGAGCCCUUUGUGCCAAGGGCCCGUAGGUGUAGUUGUGCUGUGGGAUGUUCUUGUGCUAGGGAUUGUUCUCUCUCCUCCAUCGUGUGGGUAUGUAUUCCUCCCCUUCAUGCACUUUGACUUCUGCUCAUUAAAAAUAACAACAAAUUCCUAACAUUUUCUUAAAUUAAUUCCAUAUCUACAACUAAAACAGUCUCAUUUCAAAUGUGUUUUACUUAACACAAAGUUCUAACAUGAUUCAGUCAGUUUAGGAAAUUGUCUGUUGCAAUGUCUCAGCAUCCUUGCACAUUUCAAUUGAGAUGUGGCCACCAACUCCCUAAGAUAAGAACUGAGACUGCAAAUAAAAUAGUUUUUAACAUUCAAGACUUAAUAAUCUGGUGCUGAACUGCACCAGUUAAAAGUGUGAGGUCCCAUGUUCCAUUCCACAGUUUGCAGUCUCCUUCCUGGGAGAAUCUUGUUCUAACACUUGGCCUUAAAUUUUUGUUCCUUUCUCAAUUACAAAUAACAACAACCCCCGGCUUCAUCCUGAAAAUUGCUUUUCUUCCCUUAACCUUCCCUGAGACAUAAAUGCAAUUACAGCUCUUAAUACAUUCUUGGGUUCUAAAACCCAUCCUUGGAGUUCCUUGUAGUCACUUGAUCAGAAAAUGAGCUCUGCCUCUUCAGAGAGACUGCCUGCUGCAAAGAGCUCCAACGUGUGUGCUGAACAGCAGCAAGGAGAAUCUUGUUGGCAAAAUGCAGAAUUAGGACUUGAAUAACCUCAGAAUUUCAUCCCAUGCUAAAAUUACUAAAUCAAUGGUAAAGUUCUUUUCUGUCUGCCUUCAGUAGUAGAAGUAGACUAUCAUUACCUAAAUACAUGACCCAAUGUAAUGCCAUGUUUAAUGAUUAAAUUUAAUUGCAUUUUUUAUGUAAAGCACUUUGGAACACCAGGAAGAAUUGCAAAUGUGUCUGUGAAUCCUAAUAGGAUCUUAAUAAGAAUGGAUCUUGGGCUAGAAAAAAAAAUAAUUUCUAACUGUAUCUAUUUGAGCUGUCUUUUUAAAAGUAGUAUAAGCAGAAAAAUAAAUAAUCUGUAGUUUAAAGUGA